CUUCCAAGCAAAGAACACUACAAAUAAACUAUCAAGAUAUGAUAAAACACCAAUAAAACAUUGUAUAGAAAGAGACAAAGACAACUCGAAAGCUAAAUCACAUUCAGAUACAGGGGGUUUACAGGAAACAAGGGCCAAUAAAGUGUCUUUGGGUUAUCUAAAUGAAAAACAAUGUGCAGCAGAUGGAAAAGAAUACUCCAAAAAUCAAUUAGGAAGAGACCUCUCCAGUACACAGGAUACUAUGACAUAUGCUUCAAAGAAGAAAAAUAAUGACACAUUGGAGGUUCCACAUCAUUUCACAGAAGGGGACAGUUUAGAGGACAUGUUGUUACAUGUGAUGAAGCAUGAUAAUACACAAAUGGAAAAUAUUAGUAAACCAUUAUCUGCAACCUGUAAAAACACAGAAUUAAAGGACGUGAAAGAUUUCUUGUGUCAGGAAGAGAUGAGGCUAGAUCCAAUAUCCUCCACUGAGUCAAUGAUUGAUUCAAAAGAGGGCAACCAUAAGAUGGACAAAAGAGUAACACCUAAAUAUCAAUUAACAUCAAUAAAGGAUCUUUCUAGUGACCAUAACCUCAUGUCAAAUACAACCAACAAAAUAACACCUAAAUAUGAAAUAUCAUUGAUAAAGGACCUUUCUAGUGGUCAUAACCUCAUGUCAGAUACAACCAACAAAAUAACAUCUAAAUAUGAUAUAUCAUCGAUAAAGGACCUUUCUAGUGAACAUAACCUCAUGUCAAAUACAGCCAACAAAAAAGUAACACCUAAAUAUGAAAUAUCAUCGAUAAAGGACCUUUCUAGUGGUCAUAACCUCAUGUCAGAUACAACCAACAAAAAAGUAACAUCUAAAUAUGAAAAAUCAUCGAUAAAGGACUUUCCUAGUGGACAUAAACUCAUGUCAGAUACAAUAGACAAAAGAGUAACAUCUAAAUAUCAAGUACCAUCAACAAUGGACUUUUCUAGUGAACAUAACCUCAUGUCAAAUACAACAAACAAAAAAGUAACAUCUAAAUAUCAAAAACCAUCAACAAAGGACCUUUCUUGUGAGCAUAACCACAUGUCAAAUACAACAAACAAUGUUAACAUCAAUGACAUGUCCAAAUAUAAAGUGCAAAGUUAUAAAGACACAGAAAUCUCCUCAAGGCAAUCAUUUAAGCCUUUGAUUGUAACAGUUUCUGACACUUUUAAACAUCACACCUGAGUUAUUUUACUUGUCCAAGUACAAUACAAUUGAUUUCUUUAUGUUGCAUAUUUUGAUUUCUUCUACAACUGUCAACACAUAAUCCUUUUUAGGUCAUAUAGUUAUUGUCUCUAGAACAUGAGAACUUUGCCUCUAAAAGGCACCAGCAGAAUAUGAUAUCAAACAGUUGGGUUGCUAAUUGAUAUAUAUCCAUAAGCUUGCUGAAGUGGUUAACAUUCUAAAAAAAAUACGAGUACAAACCCUCCAUCAUCAUAAUAACCACUAUUACCAUCAUCAUCAUCAUCAUGAAAGUGACACUCAUCAUACCAGUCUUUAUGCCAUCAAAUUUGAAUAAAUAUUUUUUGUUUGCAGAUUGUUCAUAAACCCAUUCAGAAAAUAUUGAUCUGAAUUAAAAGGUUUAUCAAAGGUCCUUUAUUACAAGAUUUGCUCUUUUGCAGAAUUUCUGGCUACAAAAGUGGGGAGGAUAACUGCAAGAGCCUCCUCUAUGACCUCCACAAGCACACAUAUAGGAUAUAGGUUUUUGGGGACAACUACUUUAAUUACAUUCAAGGCUAUGGACACCUUCAGGGCAAUUUUUUUUUAUGAUUGCAUUUUAUUCAGUUUGAGCUAAAAAUAAUGUUUUAAUAGGUCUUCAUUAAACAUUUGCAGCAAAUUUUGUGAUAAAUGAGGUUAACAAUCAGUCUACUUGCAGACUAUCCCUCUUGAGUUCCAUCAGCUAACGACUCAUG